AUGAAUAACUCUACAGGAAACUUCACAACACCUGAAACAUCUACAAACACCACAUCUCAUUCCCUUGGGCUCGUGGACUAUCUGGAAAUCUGUGUGUACAGCAUCAGUUUCUUGUUUGGUCUUCCUGCACACUCCUUUGUUUUAUGGCUCAUCGUCACAAGAACAGCAAGUGGAGUUGCAUCAGAGUUCUUCAGCCUCAAUCUCUCUGUUUGUGAGCUUGGUAUCUGUCUAAAUGGUUUGGUCUUAGUACUGUCAAUGUGGUUUGCAAGUUUAUCAACAUUUGAAUUGUUUUUAGUAGGAUUCUCCAUGGCUGGUCGUCCUCUGUUUCAGUGUCUGAUCUGUGUUGAGCGUUACCUGGCAGUGGUUCAUCCUGUAACCUUUCUGAAGUACAAACCUCUCAGAUAUAGAGUGAUCUGCUGCACUGUUGUCUGGACAAUCACUCUUGGCUCCUGUUUGCUCUGCUUUUUUUUAGGCUCACAAAGCAGAUAUAUAUAUACAUGGCUUUCAUCGGUGCAGAUGAUACUGGUUCUCUCCGUUCAGUUGUUUUGUCUUGUGGCUGUUCUUAGAGCUCUGAAGCAGUCAGGACCAGGAGAGAAAACAAGAGAGAAAGAGGAGGAAAACCACAUGAAGAGAAGAGCGUUUCAUAUCAUUCUAAUAACUACUAUGACUACUGUUAUCAUGUAUGUCCCAAAUACAAUGACAGGAUUCAUUGAAAUUUUAACAAGAGACAGUACUCCGACAGUUUGGUUCACUGGUUCGACUUGUUUUGUUCUGGCUGGUUUUGUGCAGCCUUUUCUUCAUCUGCAUCGUGCUGGAAAACUGUCCUGCUUCUGUUCCUCAUAAAAUA